AAGUAAUGAAUCCUAGCUAUAAAUAUCUCUUGACAUUAUUAUGCUCGAUAAUACUUAAAUCUACCUCAAUAAUAUCGGCUAUCAUGUAAUUAUAUUAGGAAAAAUAAAUUUAGAUACCACACAUGCACUCUUUUUACACACACACUCACAUAUGGGGAAAUCGUAUAAAGUUUGAUGAAUAGAUUAUAUUAUUUACCGUUGUGGGUGUGGGUGUGCCGCAGUCCGAAGUAGUACUUGUAGGCCAGUGGCAGUCGCUUGCUUGGAGUGCACGUACGCUCUGCAAAUCUGGCUGCUCAGCUCACUCAGUUUACAUAAAGUUGAUGCCUUUCUCUAGUUCUGCUUCUUCCAUGGCGUUUCGUGUAUGCCCAGUAACGCUUUUACCUACCCUUCAAAUCUCCCUUCAUCCAGUUUCAGCCUUUUAUCGUCGACGCUUUUUCCCCGCUGCGAGGUUCAAUGAACCAUCGAGAGGCUCGCUUAAAUUACUAUCAAGCAAGGAGUUUUUCGGACCCACCAUUCUCACUUUCUCCCAAUGCAGUUGCAGUAACUCUCUCGCCAAUCCUAUAGCUGAAACGGGAAUGCUCUUCUCUUUCUUUCAUGAGAUCGGGUUGGGUUUUGAUGGAACCCAAAUGCUGUUGGCAAAUCACCCUGAGCUUGCAAUGGUAUCCCUGGAUGCAUUACAUGCUCGGGUUCGUUCUUUACAGUCUCUUGUUGGGUUUGAUCAUCUUGCUCUGCUGAACUUAGUCGCAAAGCGUCCAAAUGUAUUAACAGCCAUGGAAAUUGAUGAUUUGAUAUGUUUCGUGCGAGAUGAAUUGGAAGGGCAGAUAAAUCAAGCACAGAUAAAACGCUUAUUAUCCGGUACAGAACCAAGAUUUUUUGUGGGUUUUGAUCAAAAGGUCAAACUGCUUCUCGACAGGGGGGUUCCCUGUGAAAAGAUUGUUCAUGUGCUCAACAAUGUGAAUUUGACGAAGGCAGUGUGUCAUAGGUCCCUGGAUGAAAUUAAUAGAACGAUAGAUUUCUUAGACCCUUUUGGUGGCAUUAAUCUAAUUGUAAGGCGUCCUGCAAUUUUCAAUUAUGAUUUGGAUAAUCAACUGAUUCCAAGAACCAAAUUUCUGACUGAACUUAGUGGAGGAGAUGAAGAUGGCACGGGGAAGGUGCUGCGUAAGCUCCCGGCAAUUUUGAGUUACCGUGUGGAGCAUACAGAGGGCCAUGUAGAGUUCCUGAGGUCUUUUGUAGGCUUGAAUGAUCGAGAAAUAUUUCGGAUAAUAAUGGUUUUUCCUAGUAUUGUUAGUGCUAGCAGGGAGAGGAAGCUGCGUCCAAGAAUAGAGUUUCUCAAGGAUUGUGGGUUGAAUUCAAAUGAAAUCUUCAAGUUCUUGAUAAAAGCUCCUUUAUUUCUAGGCCAUUCAUUCCAUGAGAACAUUGCAUAUAAACUUGUGUUGCUGGUCAAGAUUGGGUACAAAUAUAGGACAAAGGAUUUGGCGACGGCAAUCGGAUCUACCACUAGGACAAGCUGUGAGAACUUGCAGAAGGUGAUUGAUCUAUUCUUGAGUUAUGGGUUUUCAUGCGAAGACAUAGUUGCUAUGAGCAAGAAGCAUCCUCAGAUACUGCAGUACAAUCGUACAUCUCUAGAGAAGAAGAUGAAGUACCUAGUAGAGGAGAUGGAUCGUGACAUUGAGGAGUUGCUAGCUUUCCCUGCAUUCCUUGGUUACAAGCUGGACGACAGAAUCAAACAGAGGUUUGAAGAAAAGAGUAAGAGAGGAUCAAGAAUGUCUCUCAAUAAGCUUUUAACUAUUUCAUCUGAAAGAUUCACAACGAAAAAGAAAGAAGGCCUCUGAGAAAAUCAUGCUAUAGGAAGUAUUAAUGCAAAUGAAGAUGUUUGAAUUAACUUCUUUUCUUUUUUGGUCAGUUUUUGCUGUCCCCAGUUAAUUUAUUUCAUCACACAAAGGGCGCCUAGUGGCAUUUUACUAUAUUUUAAGGAGUCUCAGCGCUAAAGUUCUCUUUGCACAGAAUCAACUGCUUUAGAUAUUUGCUGCUUGUGCUGUGGAAACAGAAACCAACCACGCAUCUCCUUGAAGCAGUGAAGAUAUUGGUUUUUAGACAAAUGAUGAAACCUUUUCCCCCUCUGAAAAAAGCAAUUAAAAGUAGGCUUAACAUCAACAGUGAUCGUCGUGGGACCAUUUAUUAUCGGAGAGAAGUGGGUUAGGUUUGUUAUGUUCCCGAGUCAAUGUGUAGGAGCAUUACUGGACCUCUACUGGAGCCAAAGUUGAAAAAGAGUCUCUCCGUCCAAAGAUACCGAUCACAUCGCUAAAGCUGUCUGAAAACUGAUAGUACACAGCACGACAUUGUGGUACAGUAAGCUCUUCUCACUCACUGAAGCAACAUGCCCUGCCAAUUCACCAUGUCGAGCUUGCGGGGAUGACAACUGUUUUGAGUUUUGUAUCAUCUUCUCUUCACACGAGAGGUCAUUCAAAAUUUUGAUUGGUGGCCUCUUAAUGCCUGGCGCACUACCUUUAAUUUGUUGGCUCAAGGUAGCAAUAACUAUUUUCUGCAUGUUACAACGUGUUAGCCACUAUUAAAAGAUGCUAAAGAUGAUGUCCCAGGCCCCUUUUCAA